CCACGAUUAUGAAUGACUCUCUUCGACUUUGCGCGUAGUAACGUAGUAGCUAUCGUAAAUCAAACUUUAUAGUUGAAUAUUCUGCUCUUUCAUCUAUGGAAACGGGUGCUGUCUGCACUUCUUGACACUUUGAAAUUCAACGUUGGGAGGCUCGGCUCGUCGUGACGCCGGAAGUCAUCGAGAUCACCGAAGAGAACCUGAGCUUCCGGUAUAAAAAAAUGCUGCUGAGAUCAGCAAUUUUUGAGAUGACCGGGAAGCAGAGCUGAAUGCCGAACUGAGCACAGGAUGGGUAUAGAAUGUGGCACGAAGACACUGUGAAAGAUGAGCCUAGCUCAAGCUCACAGCAGUCAACUCCAAACAGGACUGAAAUCCAGCCCAGAGUGGGUUCCACCAGCGGAUCUGGCAGUGAUGGAGAUGGAUAUGAGGGGGCAUGGGAUUGUGGGCUGUUCCAAGCUAUCCAGCCCUAUACUCCAACUGCCCCCGGGGAACUGGCAUUGCUUCAAGAUGAUACUGUCAAGCUCCUGAAAUUUGGCCCACAAGGUUGGGCAAAGGUGUUCAAUACAAGAGCGCAUGAUUCAGGAUAUGUUCCUGUGAAAAAUCUCAAACGUCUUCCUGGUGCUGAUGGAGCGACUCCACAAUGGAGGAACCCAUUACCUCCUCCAGAUAUAGUGCCACAUAACGGACCAGACUAUGUGCAGUACUCCCCUCAAGUGCCACCUAAAAGCAGUGUGUCUUCUGCUCUGUUACCCACUGGAUCUUUGGAACCCCAGUAUGUUGAGCUGGUUCGUUCAGAGAGAGAUGAAACUGGUCAAGGAGAUGGCUCAUCCCGACAAGUUUAUACUCAUAGACUGGUUGACGUUUACUUCCUAACACCCGUCCUCUGCAACCAAUGUAUUGAUUACAUUUGGGGAGAAGGGCGAGUCGGCGUCAAAUGUGAAAACUGCCACGCGUGCCUCCACAAUGUGUGUGCCCGGUUGUCGGCGGGUUUGCCCUGCCAGCGCAACCCCGACGCCGUGCCGCCCAUCACCCUCAUCAGAAACAAGCGCAUCUCGGAAUGGACGUCCGCCAACGUGGUGGAGUGGAUGGCGGCUCUGAAUAUGUACAAUUACGUGGACGUCUUCAAGUCGAAAGACGUGAAGGGAGCCGACCUGCUGCAUUUGGACAAGGACAAGUUACUGAACAUGGGUGUCAAGGACGAAUUCCAUCAAAAAGCCAUCUUAGUCUGCGUCGAGGAGCUCCAGCACUGCCCCGUCCCGUACGAACCGGACGACAACUCCUGUGAUACCGCAAACACUCAUAACAUGCGGCUGUACAGUUUCUCCGAGUUGCAACGUUGUGAUAAGUGUGAUAAAUUCCUGAGAGGGCUCCAGCACCAGGGACUCAUCUGCCAUGACUGCGGGCUCGUCGCCCACCGGACGUGUUCAGCCACCGGCCUCCAGCCGUGCGUGCCCAGGGCGGGCCAGCUGCAGAGGGUGCCCGCCAGCCCCGCCUUCGGGGUGGCCCUGUGCUCCGAGUUCGACCCCCGCGAGCAGCCCGCGCCCCGGCUGGUGCAGCUCUGCGUGCAGGCCCUGGAGACGCACGCCAUCAACGACCAGUCCCUCAACCUGUACAAGCAGUACCGGUCCACGCCGCCCCCGGAGCGCAUGGGCUCCCUCGUCAGCCGCCUCAAUGAAGGCGACUGGAACCACCUGAAACUCUGCUCGUACGAGCCCAGCGUGGUGGCCUGCGUGCUGCACAAGUACCUGAGGGAGCUGCCCGACCAGGUGAUCCCCAUCAUGUGGUACGACCGCUUCAUCGACGCGUCGCGGAUCCGCAACGACGAGCAGUGCACCCAGCGCCUGCUGAAGCUCGUGGAGGACCUGCCGCUGCACCACCGCGCCACGCUGUCGUACCUCAUGGGCCACCUGGUGAGGAUGUGCCAGAAGCAGCACGCCCGCGGCCACCACGAGCCCCCCACCGUCCUCAUCCAAUCUCUGUGCCAUGUGCUGAUCCGGCCGCCUUGGGAGCGCAUCAUACAAGUUGUUUACAACGCGGAGGCUCACAUCAGAAUAACGGAGCUGCUGUUGAUGCACGGGCCUUGGGGAGAGGUGCUGCCCGAGUUCGCCAGGGCGCCCGCGCUGCCCCCAAGGAAGCUGUCACGGUCUGGUGGCGGCCCAGGCGGCCCAGGCACCCCAGGGUUCCCGGGGUCGCCGGCGCCCGGCCCGCCCGGCACACCGCUCGCCGAACACGAGGCCGAGAAGGCGCCUCCCGAACUGCCGUCGCUGGAGGAGUCCGAGUGGUACUGGGGGGACAUUUCUCGGGAGGAUGUUAGCGACAAGUUGAUGGACACUCCAGAUGGCACAUACCUUGUGCGUGAUGCUUCUAAUAAAAGUGGCGAAUACACUCUCACAUUGAGGAAGGAUGGCACAAACAAACUUAUCAAGAUUUGCAGUAGGAAUGGCCGCUAUGGUUUCUCAGACCCAUUUAAAUUUAGUUCAGUCCCAGAGCUCAUCAAUUACUAUAAAUCAAACUCUCUACUACAUUGUAAUCCAACGUUAGAUAUCAAAUUGAGAUAUCCUGUUUCUCGAUUCCAGCAGGAGGAUGAUGGGAUGGGCACUGUGGACAUAGAAAAGCUAGGAGAAAAACUCAGAGAGACUCAAAAAGUUCUCGAAGAUAAAUCAAGUCAGUAUCAUAGAAUUCAGGAUGAUUUUAAGAAAUCAUCUCAAGAGAUUACAAUCAAACAACAAUCAUUAGAAGCGUUUGGAGAAGCUAUCAACUUGUUUAGAGAACAGAUUAAAACCCAAGAAAAGUUCCAGAGAGAAGCACAACCUCAUGAAGUCAAAGGGUUGAUGGAUAAUGUGGACGUUCUGAAACAACGUCUGAAGUCACUGGAAGACAGCAAAACUCAACUAGAGCACAAUCUCACCCAGCAAAAAACAUACAACCGGACUCUUGAUCGAGAGAUGACCAGUCUGCGAUCAGAAAUUACAAUUUUGGUACAAACCAACAACAAGCUCGUAUCACGCCUGCGAGUUUUGGGCAUUGGGAACCAGCGUCUGCAACGCUAUCUCGGCAACGAAGCUGCUGUGCUCCCGGACACUGACGGAUGGCCGCAUCAUGAUGAGAAGACAUGGUACUUGCCGAAGUGCACUCGCACGGAAGCGGAUCGCAUGCUAGCGGGUCGCCCCGAUGGUACUUUCCUUAUUCGUCAGUCCUCAACUUCAAACAAAUAUGCCCUUUCCAUCCAGUGUAAAGGAACAACAAACCACUGCAUCAUUUCUCACACAGAGAAAGGAUAUGGUUUUGCUGAGCCUUUCAACAUUCACAGCUCUCUUAAGGCACUAGUUUUGCAUUAUGCCACAAGCUCACUUGAAGAGCAUAAUGAAGUUCUGAAGACAACUUUGCAAUAUCCUGUUAAUGCAAAAAACUUUUAUUGAAUUUUCUGUGUAAUUGGCUUCAGCACUGCAAGGUUGCCUGAAUCUAAGGACAACCUGCCACUCUUGCAAAACUGAUGAGUUCCCCCUGUGUGGUACUCAUAUAUCCAAACACUGCCAUCAGUGCUUUGCCAUUAACAUCUUUUGGAAGUCAAGAAUAUAAGAAAUCUUGAAGAAAUGUUGCUUGUGUGCAAUUUUGCCAAAUUAUGAAAGUAAGCUGCUAUUGAUCUAAGAAGAAAAACAGAAACAUUAUUAUUCUAUUGUCAGAGUUCACUCUGUGUAGUCAUUUAGUGCUAUCAGUGCAGCUUUUUAUUCAAGGAAGUGUUGUUUCCUUGGUGUCUUGACAUUCUCAACUGCGUUGAAUUAAAUGUGCAACACAUUGUGACAUUUUCCCUCUCACAUUGGAUGUGUAGUGGCAAGCUGCUGAAGAGACAUCAAAAUACGUACUCGGAGGUGUGCAAGAUGAAGAACUACAGAUGUCUGUGAUAAUGGAUUUAAUGGCAUGAUAUUAAUGCCACUAGUUAGCUUUUGUACAAAUAUGAUCAAUAUUUGAUGAUUAAGGAAGAGAUCCACCGAUAUACUGGCUGUGUGUCUGUGCAGUGACAUGCUAGUGUAUGUGUGUUUGGGUGUCUGAAACAUGAGAAGGAGAAUUCUAGUAAGUGGUGUGUGGAAGUAUGUGGUGUAUGAAAGUGUAUGACUGGUAAAUAUAUGUUUUAGCGGUAUGAAUAUGAAUGAAUGUUACAAUCUAGAAAUUCUGAUUUAAAAUUUUUAUACCAAGCAAGAAAAAAAUGCAGAGUCAGAAUCAGUUAUUAUUGAAUAGUGUUAACAGAAGGUGCAAGAAAAGGUUGAGUGAUACAAACCUGCUUCAAUUUUGUAGUCCUAGAUGUAUGAAUUUGAUAUUUUCGCUUCUGUGUGACUUUUUUUAAUAUGGCCGAAUGUUUUGCUACUAACUUACCUGUCUUCUUAAGUGUACUGUUUUGGUCAAUCUACCCGUAUUUUUAAUUUGUAGGGAGGCUGAAUCAUAGUAUCCAGUUUAUACGUCUUUUAAAAAAACUAUGUAUUUACAAAGUAAAUUUUUGUUCUAUCUUGUCACUUAUUGUCUUGUAUUAAAGUGGCAAAAUAUGGUCUUUUUUUUGCAGUUAAAAUAUAGUGGUGGUCUCCCCGGUGCCUAGACAACCGGAUUGCUAGUCCCACUUUCUUUGUAUUAACCCAUAAAAAGGGCCAAAUUUUGACUGCUCAAAAGCCUUAAAAUGGUAAUAGCUUGUGCUGGUUAUUAUCACCUCUAAAACACGACUUUAUUUGUGGCUACUUUUAAAAGUGCUCAGAAGCCAUUGCUUUGGCUGAUUUAAUCUGUUUAGAUUGCCACAUAAAUUCUACGCAUGGUGUAUAUGAUGUUCAAAAUUAACUUAUAAAAGGUUGUCCUUUAUUUUUUCUGUUUAACAUUUUUAGUACUAAGUUUUGAGAUUGAUGUGAUGCUUUUAGCAACACCUAAUCUCAAAACGUACUGAUGCUGUUAAAAUUAGGAAUGUAUGAACUGUUUCUACAUUUGUGAUCACAUCUUACUCAGGACUUAAUAUCAAAACAUUCUUGGUAUAUAUGAAAGUAUGAAAUGAAAAUGAACUAUGAGCUUGACAACGUUCCCGAUUCAUUACAAAUAGUCGAAGCUCUGCUGUAUUACUUUAUAGCUUUUGCAGACAUUUGUUGCAUGGUACAUAUUUAUUGACCUUAUCAAAAUAUUCUUGUUACUCAAUGAUUGUCAAAUAUUUAAAUUGUCCUUGUGAAUGUGUGUUUACUUGUAAGUGGAUUCCUCCCUUCUCGCAUUUGAAGUUUAAGAAACUCUUUAAAGCAAUGUCCACCCAGGUCCUUGCCUCUUGUUGCACCAUGAAUCUGCUGCAAUUUGUUUCUGCUUGGAAAAUCUUGUAUGUCACAAAGUCAAGCUGUGAAAGGAAGUAUGAAAUGAGAUGUCAACUGGUCAAAAAUAUUAUGUUCAAUGUCUCAUCUGAUAUAAAGUUGUAAUCUUUUGACUUUUUCCAAUUUUAUUGAUGUAAGUGUCUUGUGGCUUGUGGCUGUGUGAUAUGGAAAGGGACUUGCGUCGCGCUCAGUCUGCCGGCAGCCCACUAGCGCGGCAUAUCACUCAACCAUCCAAGUCCCAACCUGUUGGUACCAUCCAAUCGGCUGGUAUUUUACUGAAUUUUUAUUUUUAAUACACUAUAGAUGUAUAUUUAUGAAAACAAAAAUGACUAUACUAGAUCUAAUUUAUAAUAGGGUAACAAAUUGUAUAUCUGGCCUCUUUUAAAUUUGUUUUUUCAAUUUGUUUAUUGUUCUUUUUUUUUUUUUUUUUUUUCACCAAUGUUAAAAAUUACUUAUAUUCCAUGGAACAUUGGAAGUCUUCAGGCAUUAGAGAACAUAGCUAUGUGAUAACUGUACUGUACUUUGUUCAACAGACAAAAUAUGAUGUUUGUAAGAUUUCUAAUAAAGAAGUAUAUUGAUUACAUGA